AUGGCACCAAUCAAGACCGUGGAUGGACCAGAGCCCCUUCCACCCAGAGAGAAUCUCACCAGCCGAGCAGUAGACAAGGAUGAUGUCAUCAGGCUGUUUGCUAUCAUCCUGCUGGACCUGUACCAAGAAAGACAUUUGGUCCGCGGCGGGUUCCAGCCGCGCCUUCCGACUUCGCUGCCGCCCCCAGGGCAGCAGCAGCAGCCGUCGCCGCUACCACGCCGACAGCCCGUCCCGUUGAUGCCUCCCGCGCAGCUUCAUCCGGGAGCGCCCCAGGUGGUCGCUCCGGCGCCUGCGGUCCCUCUUCAGUCGCCACCGCCUUCGGAGCUGAUGGACGUCGACCCCUCAGCCGGGCCGCCUUCCCAAGCGGUGGCUGUGCAGCCUGUCCUGCAGCCGCUUUCCUUGGGCACCCCCAAGGAGUCUGACACCGCAGCGCCUUGUCCGGCUCCCACUCCGCAGCCGUCGACGCAGCGUCAGGGGACGCUGCCUCUCUUCGUGGGUCCCGACGCCCCGUCGCGUCCAGUACCAGAAGCUGCGCCCGUGGUCACAGGCAUGAAUGAAAUUUAUACUGGAAAAGAAAGAAGAAAAAAAAAAAAGAAAGCUGCAGCAGUUCUUGCAGGCUAUGAGGUGCUGUACCAGCUUGCCCAGCUUGCAAGCAUCUGA